CAACAUCCAAUAUACUUUCACGUCAUGGCAGAGCCGAGGGCUGCGUCUGGGAAAUCACUGUUGUUUUUACUAAUUUCGGUGACUCUAUUACAUUUGUUUAUUUGACCUUUUACAAAAGUUGAAGAAAGUUUCAACUUACAGGCAGUGCAUGAUAUUCUUUAUCACAGACUUGAUUUUGAAAAGUAUGACCAUGAAUUCCCUGGUGUAGUGUGACGGACAUUCCUUGGACCUGUAUUCCUAUCAACGACGGUCUGCUCACCACUAAUCUACCUGCUGUCACUACUGGAGGCCUCCGAAUUCUACACACAACUGAUGGCUAAGUCUUGCUGCUAUUAUACACUGCUCAAAAAAAAUAAAGGGAACACUAAAAUAACACAUCCUAGAUCUGAUUGAAUGAAAUAUUUCCCUUCACUGGAACUAAGGGGCCUAGCCAGAACCAUGGAGAACAGCCCCAGACCAUUAUUUCCACUCCACCAAACUUUACAGUUGGCACUAUGCAUUGGGGCAGGUAGCGUUCUCCUGGCAUCCGCCAAACCCAGAUUAGUCCGUCAGACUGCCAGAUGGUGAAGUGUGAUUCAUCACUCCAGAGAACGCGUUUCCACGGUUCCAGAGUCCAAUGGCGCUUUGACUGUCGGCAUUGACUCAUUCUUCUGGAAUAAGCUGACUUGGCCCGAGGGCCAGGUACUCUGGUACAACACCACCCUGAACAAGAGCUCCAACUGGGGAAUAUCCUUCACUUCACUCAAUGCCUGUUAUAAACCCAUAACAAUGUUCACAAAGUCAACUAAUUAAAUCAUUCACCACAGCUUUAGACACCUGCUUCUCCUUGAUUGAUUCUGAGUUAGUAUAAACGUUUGUGAUAUUAUUAUGAAAUGGGUUAAUUUUCCACUCAUCACGGAGAGCCCACUUUUGACCUGAAAACAACUUGCUACCCUUCCUUGACUUUCUCCCCCAGUAAACCGCCCCCUUUCUGUGGUACUUCUACUCUGCUCUGCCCCGUGCUCUAGGCUGCGCAGUCCUGUUCGUCCCCUUAGGCCUGCUGGACAGACGGACACGCACCCUGCUGCUGCCUACUGUAGGAUUUAUCCUGCUCUACUCUUUCCUGCCCCAUAAGGAGCUACGCUUUAUCCUCUACACCUUCCCUGUGCUGAAUAUAGUGGCCGCACGGGGCUGCUCCUUCAUAUAAGGAGAAAAAGGCUGUUAUUGGCAUGAUUGUUGUCUGUUCCGGGAGGUCAAUUUAGUAUAAUAAUGUUGGAAAAACAUGAUUAGUGCUUAUUUUGAUAUUUUUGGCCUUCAGGAUGUUGGAGUCACAGUUCAAUUGUCUUUCAGGGGACAUGUUGUAUGGACCUUAAAGUGUGGACAGAGAAAACACAUAAAAUUAAUGUUGAAAACCUCUUAAUUCUCCGUCCUACAGUCUGAACAACUACCACAAAUAUUGGAUGUAUAAACUUGGCUCCUUAAUCGUGGUUGGCCAGUUGGUGACAAAUGCUGCAUACUCCAGCAUAUCUCUGUACGUGUCCCAUCACAACUACCCUGGAGGCCGGGGGGUGCAGGUACUGCAUAAACUAGUACCAUCUACAUCAGAUGUCUCUGUUCAUAUUGAUGUAUUUGCUGCCCAAACUGGAGUGUCACAUUUCUUAGAACUGAACAGAAACUGGAGGUAUGACAAGCGAGAAGACAUUGGCCCUGGACACCCUGAUAUGAAGACAUACUCCUAUGUUCUGAUGGAGGCCAAUGCCACCCACAUAGCACUACUCAAAGACUCCCACGUGCCUUUGGCCUUCAUCCAAGGUUACAGCAACAUGACAUUGAAUGCCUUUCGGUUUCCUUUUUUCAGUAUAAACCUGGGAGACAAACUGGUGUUGCUAGAAAGAGUACCUGACCCUGAGCAUCCCAGUUGAACUGAGGAAAGUGAUGUAGUUUUUCAGGAUUUAGUAUUUUCUUAUGACCAAAUUGUAAACAACUACAACUAAA